AUGGAAUCUUCGAGUGCCUUGCGGCCUCUUGACGAAUCACUACUCCGCGAACUCCCUCAACUCUCUCUCCGUAUCGCCCCUCUACGAGAACCAGUAUCAUCACGAACCCUAAGCGUCCCAUCGCCCCUCGAACCCAAUGCUAGUGGAGCAAGGGACUCGAAUAAUAUCUCCAAUUCAAACAGCAAUAGCGGAAAGAUCCAGGCAAAUGCAAAGGAAGGCUUGCCGACAGUUACGGAAUUUCUGAACGCUGCUCGCAUCAGGAAAACCGAACUUUCAGCAGACUCUCAGUCAAAUGUGGAACGUCCGCCAAGGCCGAUACUUCCUGCUUUUGUGAAUCUUCGUGCCCUGGAAAAGUUUCCAUUUUCGUCGUCUUUCGAUGAUGAUGCCCUCCAAGGGCCCCGCAAGCGUCGACGUCGAGAUCCCCAGCCUGAUUCAUUCAGCGAGCAUCUACAGUUACCUAUCCCCCAGGCCCAGAAGGAGCAACGGCCUCCUCCAUUUGGGCCAUUUGCUAUUUUAAAUGGAUUGAAUGAGCCCCCGCCCAAUGCUGCACUUCUUCCACCGAUCGAGGCUGGGUCUAAUAUCUCCCAGCUUUUGAAUAAGCCCUCCCGAGGCGAUGCUGCUGUUGACUCUGGGACGUCAGUUUCGGCUCAUGCCGCGAUAUCAGAUGGCCAGCCUGCGGAAAGACGAGAUACUAGACUUGAGGACAUCCUCAGAACGUCUCUCAAUGCGGAUGGAGACCACGACCAAAAUGAUAAUGUUGGAAAUGUUCAAAGCACUAACCCAGUGGAUCCAGAUGAGAUUGCCCUGGCCGUUCGUGAAGCAGAAAAGCUCAAGGAGAGUAAGGAAUCGCCACUCCCUCCUGCAGCAGAUGCGCCAAUGUCUCCUAAAACCCGUGGCCGGUCCCGUAAAAACCUGAGAAAGUGGUCCGAAGAAGAGACGACUAAUCUACUUCGGGGCGUGAUUAAAUGCGGUAUUGGCAACUGGACUGCUAUUCUUGCUCAACCGGAAUUGAAGUUCAAUCAGCGAACUGCCUCAAAUUUGAAAGACAGCGCAUCCGAUCCCGACUUGGCUGCAAAACAACUACAUGACACUCUCGCUAACAACCUACUCAAAGCCAAAGCAGAGGGCUCUGAUGAACCGUCCGGCAAACUCCACCUCUCCCAUCUAAUACCCUCCAACUUCGAACCAAACUCUGGAGCAGGAAGCCCGGCUUGCAAUCCUCAAGAACCAUCGAUCUCGAGUACCGCACCCGACACAGAUCCCAGGGAUAGUACCACUGCUCAAUCACAGUCGCCCUCAUCAGGAAACAGCACACCCGCUCUCUCAAGCAAGUCCCGCACAACGCUCGCGUCUCUCGGAAUCCCCGAACCACAUGUCUCAAGAACCAAACGUCGCUCUCGGCGACCCUUCACAGCCGCCGAGGACGAAGCCCUCCUUAAAGGCUAUGCAGUGCACGGCUUCCAAUGGACCCUAAUCCAGCAAGAUUCACGCUUGAACCUAAGUCACCGCAAAGCGACAGAUCUCCGCGACCGCUUCAGAACCAAGUUCCCACACGCCUAUCGUGACGGAGGUUCUGUAAGCGGAAAAGCCCUUACAAGCCAAAACCAGGCCCAAGAGUCCGCUGUAGGCACGUCGACCCCCCGUCCCCAUGCUGGCAACACCGAACAAUCUCCGAGCAAGGCUUAUGCCAUGACUCCGACUCAGACUCCGGCUACCACUCCUCGCACCUCGGUUCCAAUCCCGCCCAGAUUGAUCCUGCGCUGUUGCCCCCGCCUCCGCAGGGCUUUUUUGGAGCAUUCGAUGUAUCUUCCGCCCGCUGCAGCUGCAGGUGCGCUUUCUUUCUCUUUGGAUGAUGGCCCUGGGACGGGUGCUUCUUCUGCGGUAGAGACACCGUGGGAAGAUAAUACCCUCGCUCCUAUGAUUUGGGAUGAAUUGACCUAG